CAAAGUGAAGCAAUUAGUGAAAGAAAUGCUUUGAAAACUAGAAACGGACCGUCUUUCAGUUUUAUGGAAAACAAUGUUGGUAUUACUAUCUGCAUGCUGAAGAUUUGGAUCCAUUAGUAGGAUGGAAUCAUUAUCUCUGCUGUCGAUGCUCAAACGUUGCAGGUGUUGUUUAUUGGAAGAAAAUGACAUGUUCUAUGUGUUUGAAAUAUUGCACGAAUUCGACAGUUCAAUAUCCGAGUUGAUUACCAAUUGCGGUGGAAUAUCGAUUGCUGAGAAUGAUUUUUUCUCAAAGAAUAUAUGCGGUCAGUGUUUGAAUGAUUUGGCCAAUGCUGCUCGUUUCCGAAAACGCUGUCUUAAUACCGAAUCAAUUCUGCAAAAUACUAAAUUUGAUAAGCUGACCCAUGCGGACGAGGUUAAGGAUCGGGCAGUAAAAGCAGAAUCACAGGAUAAUAUCAGUAAUCCUGUUCCUCAAGAAUCAGUACGUGUUAAGCACGAAACUGUAGCUCAAUAUUAUCAAGCACAAGAAGAGACACACAAGGAUAUGCUUGAGAGCAACACAGAAAAAAAGGAAAAUGAACCAACCAGUCAAGCAAGAAAAUUGAUAGAUGCCAUCCUGCCAGAGAGCAAUCAUUUUACAGUUGUACCCCAAAUUCCUAGCACGGUAAUUCCAAAUAAAGCAAAACUUGCUCAUCCGGUAAUGAUAAAAGACGAAGAAGAACCGUUGGAUGUCGGUGCUGAUCGGCCGCAUAAAUGUGAUGUGUGUGGAAAAGGUUUCCAGAAAGCGAACAACCUCACGCAGCACAAGCGUAUUCACACCGGGGAACGACCACAUAUUUGCGAAAUAUGUGGCAAGGGUUUCAUCGAGAAUGUUCAUUUGAAACGCCAUAAACGGUCGCAUACUGGCGAACGGCGGCACGAAUGUGACGUUUGCGGUAAAAAGUUUAUUGAAGGUAGUCAUCUGACGCAGCAUCGCCAACGCCACUUCGAUGACCGGCCAUAUCGGUGCCAUGUGUGUGACAAAGGCUAUGUCGCUAACAGUCACCUGACGCAGCACAUGCGGAUACACACACAGGAACGACCGCACAAAUGUGAGAUCUGUGCGAAAGAUUUCCUGACCAGUAGCCACCUCUCGCAGCACAAAUUGGUGCAUUUCGGAGAACGGUCACAUCGAUGCGAUGUGUGUGGUAAAGAUUUUCUGAAGACCAACGAUCUGACGAAACACAAACGUAUCCAUUCGGUGGACAAACCCCACACGUGUGAAGUUUGCGGUAAGGGUUUCAACGAGAACAGCAAUCUCACACAGCACCGACGUAUUCACACCGGUGAACGACCGCACAAGUGCGAACUGUGCGGCAAAGGAUUCGUUCGGAGCAAUCACCUGUCGCAGCAUCUGCUGACGCACGUGAAGACUAAAACGAUGGAAAGUUCCAUUAAAGUAGAACAUUUUGAUGGACGAAGUUCACAUGAAGAGCGAUCGGAUCAAAAAUCUCAAUCCAUUGAGGACGAAAACGGGACAGAAGAUGAAAAAAUCAUUCCAUUCACUGAAACAGAAGUUGCAGAACAACAGGUCAAGCUACCGCAGUUCGUCUCUAGUGGUCAUUUUCUCGACAAAUUAGCAUGUGACUUAUGUUCCAAUGGAUCCAAUUGCAAUGAGCAUUCAAAUCUAGAAGAGAAUACCACCGACAUCGGCGACAAUAGCCAUCACACGGAGGAAGUAGAAUCUAGCAAAAAAGAGUUCAGCUGUAAAUUGUGCGGUAGAAUAUACACAGAAAACCACUCUCUUGUAAUCCACAUGCGUAUCCAUACGGGGGAACGGCCUUACUCAUGCGAUGUCUGUGACAAAGCGUAUACCAAUGUCAAGGGCCUCAAACGCCACCGGCUGAAUCACAGCGAAGAGCCAGUUUACAAUUACGCACAACAUCCAUUGUUCUCCUGCGAUGUGUGUAGUAAAAAAUUCACAGAGAAUCGCUCACUAGUUGAUCAUUUACGCAUCCACACAGGAGAACGGCCUUUUUCGUGCGAUAUUUGCGGCAAAUCAUUUACCAACAGCAAAGGUCUCAGACGACACCGUUUAAUUCACACCGAUAUCAGACCCUUCAAAUGUGAAAUAUGUGGAAAGGGAUUUAUCGAGAAAGAACCGUUUCGAAGUCAUAUGCGUAUCCAUGCUGGGAAAAAAUCACACCGUUGCGAGGUGUGCAGUAAGGAGUAUUUUUCCAUUGCUGGCUUGAAAAGGCAUAUGGGUAUUCAUACUGGCGAACGGGGAUAUAAGUGUGACGUGUGCGAGAAAGAGUUUGCUGAAGUGCGUGAUUACAGGGAACACAAACGGAGCCACGCUGGCGAAAUGCCUUACAAAUGUGAAAUUUGUGAAAAGAGCUUUUCACACAAAAUUCAUCUCGCUCAACAUAGAACGUCUCACGGUCUCGAACAAGAGACAGAUUCCAAACAGCCUGAGGUCAAACGAGCGUAUGUCUGCAGUACUUGCGGAAUGUGCUUCCUCACCAACAGUAAUCUCCGACAGCAUAGGCUCAUUCACACCGGUAUAAGACCUUUUCGCUGUGAUAUUUGCGAUAAAGGAUUCACUCUCGCACAUCACCUCACGUACCACAUGCGAAUCCACACGGGCGAGCGACCGAUCAAAUGCAGCCUAUGUACGAAAACGUUUUUAAAUGAUAGUCACCUCACGCAACAUCUGCGUAGUCAUACGAAUGAACGUCCCUUCGAGUGCGACGUAUGUGGCAAAGAUUUUAAAUUUAAAGACCAUCUCAAGCACCACAACCGAAUUCACACUGGCGAACGGCCAUACAAAUGCGACUUAUGUGGAUAUGGUUCAUCCCGAGGGUCUGACUUGAAGCGGCAUCGAAUGAAGCACAUGCCGAAGGAAAUCAGUCCCACGAAAAAUCAGCAAGUAAGUUCAAAUUGUAAGAUCUAAUUCGAUAAACUUUUCCAAUAAAUUUAGUAGU